AUGCCUCAACAUCUCAGCCCAGGAAAACAGGCUCAAUGGCCCCCGCGAUCACCCCACGAGGUUUUGGCUGGUACACCCGGCGGCCGAGAACGAUUGCGUCGCCUGGCCGCACGAACAUCGCCUUCACCAUCGCCGCUCAAGAAAUCGAGAUCAAUGUCGGCGCUGAACGGGCGCAUGGGUGGCCAUGAUGACGAGGAUGACGAAGACGAAGAGGAUGAGGAUGACGAAGAGACGCUACAACUUCAGUUGCAGGCAAUCGAAGCCAAAUUGAAGCUGAAAGCCCUCCAGAAGAAACAGAGAAAGGGGCCCGGUGGCUCUUCGGACACGGAGAGCGGAUCAGCUCUGAGCAGGCCCGUCUCGACGGUACCCGAUGUCUUGGCGGCGAGUAGAGCGCAGUCACGAGCGGCCAUGCUGGCGGAAGGCCCAAAGAUCCGACCCCAGUCGCAGACUGAAGUUCAGGUUCCUGCGUCGCCAGUCAGAAAGUCGCAAGCACCCGUGGAACAGAAAUCACCUAGUCGGGUGCUCCUAGGCAUUGACAAAGGUCUCAGAGCCAAGGAUGUUUCGCUGAAGCGCGCGUCUAGUUUGCGCAAACCCAACGAGCCUCGCGAUGGACAGACUGGAAGCUACCUACGCCGGGCGCAUACACCUGGGUCGUCUAGCCAAGGGGCCUCCUCAUCUUUUGAGCAAGACCGGCCCAAGACCUUCAGCGAGCGACUAGCCGCUGCCAGGACAGAGGAGGUCACCCGAAGAGACAGACAGGAAAGGAUUCAGAAAGUCAGAAGCAAAGCUUUCGAGGUUGGUCAAGCUGAGGUCGAGAGAUACAAGGAAAAGGCAUCAGAGCUCCCCGAUCUACCACCACAAGAAGAGACAUUCGCACGUGAAGACGUUCUCUCCGGUCAAGGCAUUCGGCGAAGGCGUGAUGGAGUAGCACAGGACUCUGAUACGAACUCAUCAGCGGAAUUCAAUUCAAAAGCAAAGAAGGUGGCUCCAUCUGAAGUUCCAGACGACGAGGCAGUAUCGUUCGAGCCGUAUUCUGGGACACAUCUUUCGAAACGGAUUCUUCCGCACAAUCUUCUUACGCGAACAUUCAGCUCUCGGAAACUUCUCCUGAUCAAGGAUCUUCUGGCCCAGGUCAAAGCUCCCGAUUUCCAGUUACCAGAGAUAGAGCAGGACAUUGUGGUUCUUGGCAUUGUGGCCUCGAAAUCAGAACCGAAAACGCACAAGGCUCCGCCUGGCGGUGAACUUCGAGAGGUCAAGUCUCGCUUUGCAGAGGAAGAGCAUCGCGCCAAGUACAUGGUGUUGACGUUGGUAGAUCUGAAAUGGGAGAUUGAGCUAUUUCUAUUCAACACGGCCUUUCAACGAUAUUGGAAGUUAACACCAGGCACUCUGGUGGCCAUUCUCAAUCCCAACAUCAUGCCGCCUCCAAAGGGCCGAGAGGCCACCAACAAGUUCAGCUUAGUCAUCAACAGCGAUGGCGAUGCCGUGCUGGAAAUUGGCAACGCGCGUGAUCUAGGCUUCUGCAAAUCCGUAAAGAAAGACGGAGACCUGUGCAAUUCAUGGGUCAAUAAGAAGAGGACCGAGUUUUGUGAAUUUCACAUGAAUAUGGCGAUGGACAAGCACCGUCUUGCCCGCCAAGAUGUCAAUGCUUAUGGCGGUGGCAUCGGCGCGAAUAAUAGGAAACAAUUGAGAGAGAAGUUCUCCCGCGGCAGAAAGGACGAGGAAGAGCGCAAGAGAGGCCAAUAUGAUCGCUACACAAACAGCCAUUUCUUCGUGAGCCAAGCGAGCUCAGCGACGUUGCUUGACAAAGACCAAAUGCUACCUGGACAAGUGGCAGACAGAGCGGAGCGGAGCGAAGCCUUGCGCCGAAAACUUGCAAGUCAGGAGAAAGAAAGAGAAAUCAUGAAGCAACUCGGCAGCACCGGGCGAGGUGCAGGGAGGGAAUACAUGAAUCUAUCUCGUGCCAAGUCAGUGUCUGGCACACUGGCCAGUGCAGCAGAAGUCAACAAGGACACUCUCAACGACGAGCUGAAUAAACCAAUGGAUGCCAAGAGCCUCGGAAUAGGCAAGGCUCCAGGCACAAAGAUGCACCUCAGCCCGAUCAAACGGAAAAGAGAAAAUUCAGCCACAAGCAUGCUUGGUAGAUCAACAUCAGCCGGGGCAUCGCUUGGGUGGGGCGGCAACUUGAAGGACAAGCUGUCAAGAAUGAAGGAUGGGGAGAGGCUCGACGGCAAAACCGUCAAACCAGAGACAACUACUAAUCUUGCAAGCAAAGUGGACAGCCCAGCAGCAGAACCACCGAUGCGCAAGAAGACGCGCUUCGUCACAGAGAAGGGCAUCCGCGAAGCCGGCCGAGAUAGCCUCGGCACUGAGCUUGGAAAGGGACAGCCAAUGGUCAGCCUGGAUAGCGAUGAUGAAUUAGAGAUCUUGAUGUAA